AUGGAUGAUGAGAUUGAAAAGGAUGCAGAAGUGUCAGCUUUGCAGUCCCAACUGAAUCAGGCAUCUAUCACAUGGAAACAGGAGUUGGAACGCCAUGACAGUCAAGUCGAAACAUUGCACGAAAAGCUGCAGGAGGUGAAGGCCACCAUCCAUCGUUCUCAAGAUAUGGCUAAAAAUGAGCUGGAAUUUCUUUGGAGGAGGGUCAGAACUACAGCUACAUUGCUGACUUACUUGAAAUCCAAGGCAUGUCUAAUGGCAGUUUCUCAACUAGCCCAGUCUUCAUAUGGAAUAAAGCAUGACGAUGGAGUCGUGUUUGUUGAUAGACCUGGGACAUCAUCGUCUGAUUUGUCUAAGAAUGCUGAUGUAUCAUCUGUAGAAAAUUCAACUGAGGAAUUGCUAAUGAGUGGUAAUAGACCUGGAUUUGUGGAUACAAAUGAUUGUGCAUACAUCAAUCAAGUAUUUAAAUCAGUCCAAUUAGUGACGGAUGUUAUGGAGUCUCUUGCUAAGAGGGUUCUUAUGGCAGAAAAAAAAGUUGCUACUGAGAAGGAAAAAGUAGAUGCAGGAAAGGAAGAAAUUAGAAGAAAGUCCCUCCAAAUUGAAAUAAUGUCUGCUAAGGUACAGGAGAUGGAAAAAUUUGCUCUUGGCACCAACAAUGUAUUAAAUGAAAUGCGGCGAAAGGUUGAAGAUAUGGUUGAAGAAACCUCCAGGCAAAGACUGAGAGCUGCAGAAAAUGAACAGGAACUCUUUCGUGUGAAGCAAGAUUUUGAAUCAUUGAAAUCCUAUGUUUGUAGUCUCAUUGGCGUUAGAGAAGCUCGUCUUCCAUCAGAGCAGGCCCAGUCAACUGAGAAUCUUUUAGGAAUGUAUGUAAAUAUUUGUUUGAGUGAUUUAAAUUCAUUUGAUCUAAGCCUGGACUGCAUCACUUAUUCCGCCUUUCAAUAUGACUAAUGCAUGCAUGUGGCGUUUAUUGAACCUGGUGCAUCAUACGCCCUUAAUGUUUUUUCGGAAAAGUUUACUCAACUGAUUUUAUUUUAAGGUUAUAUCCGUCAAUUUUUGCACUGCCAUCAAGUAUUUGCAAGUUUUUUCACCAUCAUUUAUUUCGUACUUAUUCAGUUUAAUAUGUGUUUCCCAUUGUCGAAGUAAAUAUGAUGUUUCGGUGGCCUCUUGUAGCAUGUUUUCUGUAUUACAGUUUUUUCGAGGUUAGAAAUUGACCUCUGAUAUUUUGAAAAUGUCAAAUAGAAAAAUAGAGUGAUCAUCAAUAGGAAGGAAAGAGGGAAAACAGAAUGCAUAAGAACAAUGCAUAGAAAGCUAUCCAGAUGGGACUUCUUUUCUAUUUAGGUCAUUGAAGUACUGAAACAUAUAUUUCAGAAGAAUGUGUUCAUUCUAGCAUUAAUACUAGAAAACAAAGUAGAAUCUUCAAUUUUCCUGAACACGAUUAUUUCGACCAGUCAAUAGCUGACAUUAUAACCCUGUUUUCUAAAUCUUCUACAUUUCCGUAGAAGUUUUCUGGUAUUUCUCUUCUGCCCAGUAUCCCACUAUAGUUCUGGUUGACGUACCUCCCACCAGUCAGUAGCUAAUUGAGUACGACAGAGAUCAAUAUUUUUGUCAGAAAAGUGUCUAUACCUAUAAAGUUCUUGACCUAAAUAUAUGGCGAGAUGGGAUAUAGGCCUUUUCUUUACCUGCAGAACCAUGAUGCUCUUUGUGGGGGGGAAGAGUGUUCAUGAUGUCUUGCUUCUGUAUGGAAGGAAGGUUACCGUAACUCCAUAGCCUUCUAUCGUCAAAGCUUUUUCAUUGUAUCCCUCAGGGAUUAACGACCUGAUUAUCCGCUGUAUGGUGUAUACCGGUGCAAUACGUGCCAUUAAACCUUCAUGAAACGCCAAGGACCAAAAAGCUCCUUUGCUAGAUUGUUUAAAGACACAAGAGGUAGUCGUUGUGCAACAGAUGGCCAUUAUGGAGUAAUGGUGCAUAAAAAAUUGCUAAGGGGCAUCUAGUCUUUACGACAUCUAUUGGAUAAGGGGGGGUUGCUUCUACACUGGAUUGUUUUCGAGAAUGACUCUUAUUAACUCAUGAUUUGGUAAUCUUAUGGACCAUCUUCACUAGCUUGUCGUCAACCUAAAAAUUUGGUAACUUUUCGAAUGAAUUCUAUUAAUCUUUGUCUGAUGAGGUUCAAAAUCAUAUGAAUAAUGUCUCAAACCCCUUGAUGGAUCGUCAGCAAGUUUUUUGAAAGAAUGAUGGCCAAGACUUUGUCAAAAAUAGCAAAAAAAUUAGGUAUCUAGAACUGUGAUUAUCACCAAUAGGAAGAACCAGGAGUAAGACAGUGGAGCGUGGAUGUACCAGUGCCAGAAGGUGGCAACAACGACGCCCUUCAGAAUACCAUCCUCAAAAGGAAUCUGGCCCCUUUGCAGAUCAAGAUCAACAAAGCCGGUAUCUAAGCAUGUUGACCUAGUUGGAAUCAAUUUUAGGUACAUCUUAGGUAGGCUGAUAAAAGCUUUACGUGUGACAUGUGGUAUUCUGUGUCUCUCGCUUCUGGCGUUGCUGUCCAGUCAGUUUCUCAGGUACUAGAAUUUGCCCGAAAGAGAGAAAGCAGAUAUGAAAUUGUUUUCUUAUUUUUGGGGAAAUUUAUUAAUUUAUUCUAUUCAUUUGAUGUCAGGAAUGAGUUUUUUUCAAAUCGCGGUGGUAUCUGAUGGUCCUGAAAAUUUGUAUGCUUCAUAGUUUUUUAUUUUUUUUAAAGUGGAUAAUAAGCCUUUUCUGGGAGUAAGGAAGAGCUCCAAGUACCAGAGCAUAGAAGUGGAUUCAAAUAAGUCGACAUCCAAAUGUAGUUCCCAAGGCCUCCCCACAUAGAAACAGCCCCAAUGAAGUUACUGAUUAGUCAUAGCUGCGGCCCUACCUAACGAUUCUCGUCGCUUUGGAAGAGAAGCGUUCUGUCUUCUCAGGCAAUAAAUAUAUCCUCAUUUGAUGAUAAUCCAUGAAAAUUUAUGCUAUUUCAAGGCUUUCCAUCAGCGCCACAAGGUAACACAAACUAGGGUUCCCCGUAUCUUCUUCAUUUUAGCUGUUUCGGGGCUCCUGUACUCCAUCUUGGUCUUCACCGUGGAGUUUCGAAUGUACACAGAAGAUUCCCUCGUGGAUGAAUGCUGGAAUGACGAUUUUUGCUUGCGGAGCUCCUCCCUCUGUUGAUAAAAUACCUCAGAGAGGCCGUGCACGAAGAGCUGCCUAACUUUUUGGUUAUUUUUUCCGGGCUUCAUCUUCUAGGGUUUCUCCGUUCCUUUGCAGUACUCCUUUUUAAGCGCGUUCCCUUCCUUCUGAACAGGCUGAUUGACCGGGCUACACGCCUCCAGAGUGAGAAAGUGCAGAAGGAAGCCGAGGUUCAGGGGCUCAUGGCGGAGAAUGUGAGGUUGAAUGCUCUUCUGGAUAAGAAAGAGGCGCAGCUCCUUGCUAUGAACGAGCAGUGCAAGUUUAUGGCACUGAGGAAGCCAGAACUCUAG